CCGGGCAAUGCUUCAACCCAAAGCGGAUGAAUACCUGGGAUGCAAAGCGCAAAGACGCUUGAGGCCCACCGAGCCUGGAGCCUUCUAAUCUCAAAAGGUCUCCUGAACUAUUUGCAGUUCGUUGAGGCCAGACAGUUCAUUGCUGUUUCUCCAUGGCUGCGACGCUUUUCAGAGUGCGAGGAGUCUUGCCCGGGAUUGGCACAGCACUUGGGUGCUGGUCUCUUAGCCAAUGGCCUUCCAGGUGGAAUUUCGCAGCCUGUCAUGGAGGCUUUGUGGCAAGGAGAUGUUGGGAGCCAUCGAGCAAGUGCCUGGAAAGCACUACUGCUUGCUGACAUCAAUUUGCAAGGUGAAGAGUACGAGCGCAUUUGCAAGCAGUCGUGCCCAUACGAUGCAGCUAUUCGCUUGGAUGUCCAUCGAACUCUUCCUCAAGAAGCCUUGUUUAAAGAAGUCGAUGGGCAUGGACAGAGUAUGCUGUUCAGGCUGCUGCGAGCUCUUGCAAUACGGCUCAAUGAAAUUGGGUACUGUCAGAGCUUGAACUUUUUGGUUGCUACAGUGAUAUUGGUUUUCCCAGAUGACGAAGUUGCUGCGUUCAACUGUGCACUAGCCCUGCUUCUGCGACAUUCCUUGGUAGAUUUGUACAGGCCAAAGUUCCAGAAGUUGGAGGUAGUGCUCUGGCAAUUUGAUCGCCUUGUGGAGGGGUUUCUGCCAAAGGUUCAUGCAGCCCUGACAAGGCAUGGAGUCAGCUCAGAAUACUAUGCGAUUCAGUGGUUCCUGACACUCUACGCAAGUGAUCUUCCACAGCCCAUCGUGCGGAGAAUCUGGGACCGCUUCCUGGUGGCUGGCUGGCGAGUGAUGACUCAGAUCGGCCUUGUCCUGCUCUACCGGAUCCAGGAUGUCUUGAUCGAGAUGGACACCUGCCGUGCGCUGGUCUUCCUGAAGAGGUUCACGCGAAAUGCCAAGUUGACUGCAGAGGAGCUCCUUGAUACCGCAGCCACUUUCAAGGUCUCCCAUCGAAUGCUCUCUGCUCUUGAAGCUGCGUAUGCAUGGCACGAGCCAUCGCAACUGACAGUCAUCAAGGACUUGAACAGUGGUCAAGUCCACUGGACGGUGCAAGCCACCGCGGAGGUCCAGGAGAUGUCUCGAUGUGGCUACCGAGGCUACGGCCAAGGUGGACGGCGUCUCCAAGGGAAAGUGUUACCAUUCCUCCUGCACAACUUGGACACCGGUGAGACGACCAUGAUGGAAAAGGCUUUCUCCCAGUACAAGGGCGAAAUGCACCAGCAAGCUCGUGCCAAAGCAGGACCUUUGCAGGCCACACCUUCAUCCGCCGACAUGCCUGCAGUGAGUGGCGUGGAAGCGCCAACAGGCAGCUUUUGGAUGCAGACAGUCCAGCGCCAAGCUGAGAGACGGCUUUCGCAGACUUAGUCCAGACCUGGAGUUCCCUGGAGCUCUCCGGCGCGGAAUACGCGCGGGGAAUGACACCGGACAGCUGAAAACUUUACCGGCGGCGAA